AUGCUCGGAUCAAGCUCUCCUCAGAAGAGUGUGAAUCGACUCUUCAUCGACUCUGCCAACGCUGGGAUCCGGCCUCGUGUCGUGACAAUAUCUGUGAGGUGGGUAGGGACGGCUGCAGGAACUGGCGGAACCACUGGAGCUGGUGCUAUAGGGUCGAUAUGGGUGGUCGUAGCUGGAGGUACGAUAGGUGGUGGUACCGGAAAUGGAGCAACCGGUACCGUUGGUGUGGGUGCUGGGUACACUGUAGGUACUGGGGGCACAGGUGUUGCUGGUAUCGGGUACACGGUAGGUUCAAGUGGCGGUGGUGGUUGGUACGCUGUAGGCUUGACCGGAGCAGGUGCGGGGUAUGCCAGUGGUACCCCUUGUGGUACCGUAAAUACGGCAGGGGUGGGUACAGCGGGUGCAGCCGAGGUAGGUACAUCUAAAGGAGCCAUCGGGGUCCGAGAGUCCGAUGCGUCCGCAGUAUCCUGA